GAAUCUUCAGAAUUGUUCGUGUCAUUUUUGUGCAUCCAAUUAAUAAUAGUAGCAACUACAUACUUUCGCAUUUUGCUAUAGGUGAGGAUCUUUUUGAAAAUUAUUGAGCCAAAUGUGAAAAGAAAUCGAGAUUCUGGGAAUGCAGAAAAAAGUCAACAAAACUGGUCAAUGAUGAAGGUCUUAGCCAAUCAGAUGCCACUGGGUUUGAAUUUUUUCACACAAUCAAAAGUUCAAAUAAUUUAGUGAAAGAAGAAAUUGUUGCUUUUUAAGGAAUUUCGAAAUAUUUCCAAUUUCAAAAUGACUUCAUUAAAAUCAGUGAUAAUUUAUAAUUUUAAAUCUUACCAAGGAUUAAAAAAAGUUACACAGUUCAAUCAGUUUACAGUAAUAAUUGGACCAAAUGGAUCUGGAAAAUCCAAUUUCAUGGAUGCUAUCGCUUUUGCAUUAGGCGAGAAUUGGGAAAAUUUACGUGUCAGUGAUUUAUUAAAACUUAUCUAUUGUGAAAAAUCACAAAAUCCAAAACCUAACAGUUCUUGUUAUGUUGAAAUAUCAUUUCGUUUGGAAGAUGACAAUGAGAAAAUAUUUAAACGUACAUUAUUUGCAAACACCAAAAGAAAUAAAUACGAAUUUAAUGGAUCUUCUGUUUCGAUUGAAGAUUAUAAAGCAGAAUUAAAGUCAAUUGGAAUUCUUGAUUUUGGCAAGAAUUGCUUAGCUUAUCAAGAAGAUGUGGAAUCAAUUAUUAAACAAGAUCCAAAAGCAAGAUGUCGAUUUUUUGAACGAAUGUGUGGCUCACAAAAUCUUGAAAAAGAAUAUAAAAUUGUUGAACAUAAUUUAGAGAAAUUGAAUGCAGAAGGAAAAUUAAAUUUCGAUAAGUUAAAAAUUUUAAAACGUAAAAUAAAAGAUUUAACAGAAGAAAAUAAACGACGAAUAGAAUAUGAAAAUUUAAAAGAAGAAGAGAUCACUUGGAAUAAAUAUCAACAACUUUUUUAUCUCUAUCAUGAGGAAUUAGAUAUUGAAAAAUUAGAAAACGCAAUAAAUACAAAAAAAGAAUUUGAACGUUCUUUAGAAGAAACCAUAUUAGAAGAAAAACGUAAAUUAAAAGAGCUACAAGAAAGUAUUAAGGAUGAAAAAAUAACUAUAAAUCAAUUGGAGACGACAAUUAAUGAGAAAGAAAUAUUAAUGUUAAGAGAAAAAUCAAAUUUAGGAAAAAAAAAUUUAGAAAUAAAACAGUAUCAAGAAAGAAGGGUUAUUGCUUUAAAAAACUGUGACGAUUUAAAAAGAAGAAGUAUUAAUCGAAAAGAAAAUCUUCUCGAACUCAAUCGUAAUAAAGAAUUUUUGAUAAAUCAAUUAAAUAAUAUUGAUGAAAAAAUUAUGCUCAGUCCUGAUUGUUUUAAUGAUGAACAGUUCAAGGAAUAUAAUGAUUUAAAAUUAACUUCUGUUAAUAGAACAGCAAAUUAUGAACAUGAACUUAAUUUAGAAAAAGAGAGACUUGAAAAUCAUAAAUAUCGGCUUGAAAAUAAAAAUAGAGAAAAAUGUGAAAUCACUGGACUAAUUAAUUUGUAUACAAAACAAUGUGAACAAAUUAUUUAUGAACUCAAUAGAGAGAAAGAACAAUUGGAGAAUGUCAAUAAAUCUUUAAUUGAAGAGGAAAAAUUACGUGAAAUUUUACAAAAUGAAGUGAAUGCUUUUUCUCAAAAUAAAAUACAGGAUUUAGAAAAGGAAUUAGAAUCAAUUAAGUUAAAUCAAGAAUAUUAUAAGAGACAAAGAAAAAAUGAUGAAGUUUUUAAUAAAAUGAAAUCAUAUUUUCAUCCAAAAAUACAUGGACGUUUAUCUGAUUUAUGUAAACCGCGCGAUUCUCGUUAUAAAAUAGCGAUUGCAAAAAUUAUUGAUCAUAGAGAAGAUUUUAUCGUCAUAGACAGUAUUAACAAUGUUGAGAAAUGUACAAAAUUUUUGCAAAAUCACAAUGGCGGUUACGAAGGUUUUUUUUCAUUGGACUUUACUAAAGUUAAGCCAAUUAAUCCUAAAAUUCGAACAAUUGAAAAUGCCAAAUGCGCUUUUGAUUUAAUUGAUUUUCCUGAAGAAGUUGAACCUGCAGUGCGUUUUGCGGCGGGUAAUUUUCUCGUUUGUGAGACAAAUAAAAUUGCCAUAAAAUUGUCAUCUGGUGGAUACAAUUGUGUAACUCUCGAUGGGAUAAUGUUUACAAAUGACGGACAAAUAUCUAGUGGAAUGUCCCGUGUUAGCGAAAUAUCGCAAAAAUUUGACGAGGAAAAAUGGAAAUUACGAAAGAUACAAAUUAAAAAUGAAUUAAAAAAUGCUUCGGAAAUACAAUCCAAGAAAGAUAAACUAGACGAACUUAAUCGUUCAACUGAAGCUUUAAGAAUGAAAAUUCCUUUUAUUGAAAAUCAGAUGAAAAAAAGUAUGGAAGAAAAAGAAAAACUUGAAACCAAAUUAUCCGAUUUAAAUUGUAGAGACGAAGAAAUAAAGAGUGCAAUAGAAGAAAUAAAAAAUGAACUACUUGUCAUAAAAGCGGCAAUAAAAAUGAAAGGGCAAGAAAUAGAUGAAAUUGUGGAUGUGAUUUUUGCUGAUUUCUGUCAAAAAUUGGGAUUUGAAAAUAUACGAGUAUUCGAAUGUGGCGGCAGUGAUUAUGAAGAAAGAGAAAUAAAAAUUAAAGAAAUUCGAAAUCAUCUUGUUCGUCUUAACACCGAAAUAGAUUUUGAAGAUUCUCAAUAUUUUGAUGAUGAAAUCUCCAAAAAGGAAACAAUCGUAACAGAAUUGGAGACGGAAAUAGAAAAUAAAAUGCAAAUAAAAGAGAACAUUGAAGCAAUAAUAAAUGAUUUUGAAAAUGAAAUAAAAACUAUUCAAAAUGAUUUACAAGUAAAAAAAGCAAAUAUUCAAGAAUCAUUGGAUAUUUGUAAUAAUUUUAUGAAAGUAAUAAAAAAAAAAUCACAGGAAAUUACACAAAUACAGAAAGAAAUUCAAGAAAUGAACAAAAAUAAAUUGGUUAUUAAAAAUAAAUUUUGUAAAAUUCUCCAUUAUUGUCGAUCAAAUACAAUAAUUAUUCCUGUCUUAUCUGGUAAUUUGGAAGACAGUGAAAAUAUUGACAUCAAUUACAACGAUUUAGAUGAUUAUUAUAAAUCUGAAAUAAAUAAAUCAGAGGCAGAAAGCAAAAUUAUGGAAAAUCUUGAUAAAAUUCAAUUAAAGCUUAGAAAUAUAAAUAUCUCGGAUGAAAGGAUUGAUGAUAAUAUAUUGGCAGAAUUAAAACGAGAGUUACUAAAAUUAAACAGAAAGAUUAGUGAAAAGAAGAAGUCACUUAAAAAGAUGCAUGACACUUUUGAUAAAGUCAAAAUGAGAAGAAUGAAUUUAUUUGUAUCAUUUUUCACUAAAGUUAAUACAACAAUUGAUUCUAUUUACAAGAUUUUGACACAAAAUGAUGCCGCUCAAGCUAUUUUGGUUGCAGAAAAUCCGGAAGAGCCUUAUUUGAGUGGUUUAAUGUACAACUGCAUUGUUCCUGGAAAAAAAUUUUUUUCUAUUGAUGGACUUUCUGGAGGUGAAAAAGCAAUCGCUGCUUUUGCUUUAUUGCUUGCCAUUCAAAAAGCAAAUCCAGCGCCAUUUAUGUUAUUAGAUGAAAUAGAUGCUGCUUUAGAUUCUGAAAAUGUAGAGAAAAUUACCGAUUACAUUAAAAAGGAAGAUAAACAAUUCAUUUUGAUUAGUCAUAAUGAAGAACUGAGUUCCAAAGCAAUGAAUGUUAUAGCAGUUACUAAAACUGGAAAAUAUGCCACUGACAGUUGUUUUUUCACUGUUGAUUUACAAAACUAUCGCGGAUAAAUUAGCGAUAAAAAGAUUUACAAAUUUUCUAAUUAAAAAAAAAAUCAAAAAUAUCAAUAAACAAAAAAAAUUAAAGAGUUGGAGUGAGGAAUUCAUCAGCAACAAACGUAGGAUCACCAACAUCAUCAUCAUCAUCGUCCUGGAAAAAAGUAUCAAUGUUUUCUCCCCGCCCCCAAAGGAAUGUAUGUAUGUAUGAUUAUUUUAUUUUUUAAUAUUAAAAAAAAAUCAAAAAAUGGAACCAAAACAAUAAGUAGAAAAAAAUUCAUGAGUCCCGAAAAAAAUACUAAGGUCAAGUUAAACCAUUUUCAAAUAAUGAAAAAUUCAGUCAUUUACUGAAGAAAUGAAUAAAUAAAUAACAAAAUGAUAAUUAACGAAAAAGGGGGAAAAAUCGUAGGGUUUAUUAAAAUUUAGGACAUUGUCUAUGGAUAUCUACUUUAUUACACAAGUGUUCUCGUUUGUUCAUGAUAAUACGAACAAACUACAUUGUAGCUUGCCGAUCAUAAUAUACAUUUCCAUUGCAUUUUGAUCAUCCAAAUAGACAAUAUUAUACGGAUACUUUUUAUUUCCUUGUUGUUGUAGCUGUAACUUUUGGAUAAGAUCUUAAAAAGAAGAUUUUCUUUAAGUUGAUCAAAAAAAAAAAAAAAAAAAAAAAUGUGAAAGUGAUCCUUCACGCUAGCGUCUUUUAAAUUUAAGUCUACAGCGACCUCAGUUUACCUCAUUGACUUAGGUGCGCAGCUUAAAACCUAACAUCACAAUUAUAAUAUAAUAAUAUUAUACUGAAAUUAUCAUUAACUUUAUCUUUGCCUCCCUUCCUCAAUUUGAAUCUUUCUCUUACUGAUAGAGCGACAAUUUCCAUGAAAUUUUAGGGGAAAAAUAUCAAAUUACUCUAAAAAAAAAGUUCAUGAUUUCGUUAAUUUUUUUCACUAAUUUAGAAAAAAAAAUUAUUUUUUGACAAAAAUACUGUUUUGUCAAAAAAAAUUCUAGAAUUGCAUUUUUUUUUUUCUCGAAAAAUUUCAUUUUAUUUCGAGUUUCUUUUUUGCAUCUCGAAAUACUUAAUAUAGAAAAAAAAAAUUGAUACUUUGAAUUAUUGAUAUUAAAAAAAAGAAAAAAAGAAAAACCCACAGAAAGUCGCAUUUUUCUUAAACACAAUGAAUUUUAAUUAAAAUAAUAUUCUUUAUAGUUUAUCACAGAAUGAGGUCGCUGGAGGCUAAUAAAUCGCUAUUUCAAUUUUUCUUUGAAAUUUUCAUUUGAAAAAAUUUUUUUUCUCACAAGACAAAUUAAAUGUCGCGUGAUUUUCUUUUUAUAGUACAAAAAGAAUACAUUUUUUUUCUUUUUUCUUUUUUUUUAUCGUAAAAUUGAGGUAGAAUCCAAUUUUUUGAAAAAUAAUAAUUCACACACUUCUUUUCUCUAUUUAUUUCUUACUUUCUCUCUUCGAUAAAAGUGCUAAAAGUGAGGAUCUACUUCCGCUAAUAUGAUAGAAAGUUAAUAUUCUAAAUUAAACAAAAAAAAAAAAAAAAAAAUUUCUCGAAUAAUCGUAAUAAUAAUAAUUCAUAAUAUUAAUAAUCAUAAAUUGAUAGAAUAAUUUAAUUAGUACAACAAUGGUUAAUGUUUUUUUUUUCUUUUUUUUUUCUUAAAAACUAGUUUGGUUGUAUGUAUAAUAUAUUUAUAAUUUUUUGUAUGUAUAAUUUCGUAUGAGGGUUCGGGCAGAGGGGGAGGGGGGAAUCAGUGACAGCUAUGUACAGUACAUACUUGCCUUAUUAGUUGUACCAUCGUUAUUAUUAUUAUUAUUAUUACCUCUAUGGUUUUUGUAUAUUAUUAUUGAUAAUUUAAAUAUCGUUUUACACAUAAAAUAGCCUAUUUAUAACAUAUAUAUAUGUAUACACAUAUAUAUAUUUAUUUAUUUAUAUUAUUUAUAUAUUUAUAUUCAUAUUUAUAUUAUUUAUGUAUAAUAACUAGGUAUUAUAUAUAUAUAUGCAGUAUGUACGUAAAGAGGAGGUGUUUUAACCAGGAUAUGUCGAUAUCUGAAAAUUAUAUUCGUGACAAGCGUUUGGAGCCUUUUUUCGAAAUUUCUUCAUUUUAUUUUUUUCUUCAAUUGUUUCUUCUUUUUUAUAUAUAUAUAUAUAUAUAUUAAAAUCUGCUCUCGUGAAGUGUCUUCCUGACAAUGAGCCUGUGUUAUAAUUUUUUUUUUUCUUUGCACUCGGAAUAAGAUCGCAUGAUCUUUCUAUCUACUUCGGUAACUUAUCCCUUAAUUAGAUACUUUUUAUUAAUAGGGUACUAUGGUGUCUUUUCUUUAAUUUUAUUUGGCUCAAUCCACUUUUUCUAAGAUCCUUAUUUUUUUUUAUUAUUUCUAUUUUUAAAUUUAAUUUUCCUUUAAUUUUUAGUAUUUCUUAAUUUUUUUAAAAUUCUAUUUAUUCAUAUUUUUAAUAUUUUGUAAAAAUUUGAAUUAGCAAAAGAUAUAAUUGAAUUUUAAUGAAUUCUCAUUUUUUUUUUAAAUUCUCUCAAUUACAAAUUAUUUUUUUAAUUUUAAUUUUUUUUCUUACAAUUUUCUAUAAUUAAAGAUUUUUUUACAUUUUCAAUUUUAUUUUCCUGAUAUUCAAAGGCAAAUUUCACAAUUCUUUUUUUUUUAUUACAAUUAAAAAUUUCUUUGUCAAAAACAAAACAAAAAAAUUAAUUAUGAAUUUGUUGAAUAAAUUGAAGAUAUUAGCGUCGAAUAAUUAAAUUUUUUCUUUUUUUUUUUAAAAAAAAAUAAGGAUCGUUUUGUAAUUAGCAAAAUGUUUAUCAGACUUUCCCGUUUCGACACUCGUUUGUUUUGUUUCUUCUAUAUUUUACCUAAAUUCUAAAUUAUGAAUUACAGUUUUUUUUUGCGUCCUUAUAUAAUUUGGAGUAAAAAUUGUUUUUUAAGCACGUAUCUGGUCAUUUUUGUUGGUGAGCGUCGAACACGGUUUAAUCGAAAUCUUCCAGCCCUCCACCCCAUUUUUCUACAAAAUCCUCUAAACUUAUUUAUUUAUUCAUUUUUUUUUACGCAGGCCUCUAAGACUUACGGGUAGCACAGUAAAACCUCUAUAAAAAAUAAGAACUAUUCUACGUAAACGUAUUACAAAAAUAAAUGGCAUUGUACUCUGCUAAAGAAGCAAAAUGGUACAGGCGCAAUGUCGAGCGACGCGAGCAUUUCUUUAUUUUUUCUUCUUCAUAUUUUAAUGAGGAAAUAUCAUUUAGGUAGUUUUUUGUUUUUUUCAUUAAAUAAUUCUUUUGUUUUGUUAUUACAAUUUAUGCCUUUCAUUAUUUAUUAUUUUAUUUUUUAUUCAAUCUGUCAUUGACAUUAAUUUACUCGCUUUUUUUUUUACUCUCGAAAACUCUCAUUGCUAAAUGUACAAUAACAUCGCGUGAAAAAUCAAUGUACUAUAUUAUAUUUAUAUAUAUACGUGCUUCGAAUCGUAUACGAUUAACACUUCCAUUUUUCUUUAUUUUCAUUUUUUCAAUCAUUCCAUCGUGUGCUUAUCGAACGAUUCGUAUUUAUAUGGCAUUCUAAAAGUCUGUCAAGCUUACUAAAUUAUCUUUCUAAACACUGGGCGUUUUACACUUUUUCCAUUCAAUGAAAGAUUUCCUUCAAAUUUUUUUUUUUUUUUUUAUCAUUUUCCCAUUUUUUCUUAUUUAUAAAAUUUUAUUCCUUCAAUUUUGUUUUUUUCUUUUCGUCAAAUAAAGUGAAUAAUCUCUUUUUUCUAAAUUUUUAAUUUUCAUUAUUUAAAAUAAUUCAUUAAUUAUUUAAUAUAAAUAAUUAAAGAAUAUUGUUAUUAAAUACUAAUUUGAAAAUUUGAUUAAUUUCGCCUUCAAAUUUUAUAUAUAAAAAAAGAAACUUUUUAAACUCUUCAAAAAUACAUUUUUUUUGCGAAAAUGAAUUACAAUUUGAAAGAGAAUCUUUCUUUAAUUUACAAUCAUUCUUGAGUCUAAUCGCUAUUUUUUAUUAAGCACUCUCUCUCACUCUCUCACUCUCUUUUCUCGAUUUUGGUUUCCUUUCUUUAUUUCUGGAAAUAAGUGCGAUAGCAAAUAAUUAAGUAAAAAAAAAAAUUAAAAUAAUUUUUUUCUUCUAAAAAUUGUUUCUACCUCUAUAAAAAAAAAAAUUCCCUUCUCAAUGUUUUUUUUUUCUUUUCUUUUUGGAACCAUUCUUUUUGCACUUCCCCUGUUAUACACUUUCACAUUCUUUGUCGUUUAUCAUAAUUAUGAUACCUCUGAUAAAGAUGUAAAUUAUCAAAAAGUUAUUGCUACAAUUCUCGCUUCUUAUAUACUUAUCCGACUCUCGAGUUUCAGAAAUCGAGGAUUUCGUAUACAAUCAUGAAAAAAUUUUUUUCAUUUAAAAAUAUAUAAGAAUAAAAUAGAAAUUAAAAAAAAUAUUUUAAUUAAAAAUUUUUAAUUUAAACAUUUUUUUUUUAUUUCUUAUCUUAAAUGCAUCCAAAUUUGUAGAUAACUUUCGAGUUAGAUUUCGAGAUUUGAAAGCAUUUAUAUACAUUAUAUUGAAUUUAGCGUUUAAAUUGAAAAAAAAGUAUUUCUAAUUUAUUAUUUAAUAAUAAUCUUAAAUUUUGUUUUUCAAAUUUAAUUUGAAUUUUAUAAAUUACAAAUUAGAUUUAGCUUAUAUAUAAUAUUAAAUAAUAAAUUUCAAUCUAAUUGCACAUUGAUUAUAUUUUACUUCAUUUUUCUUUUUAAAGUAUAAAUUACUUACAAUUUAAUGACUUACAAUAUUUAAUUAGUAUAACAUUUUAAUUAAUUACAUUUUAAUUUAUUACAAUUUAAAAUUAUUGCAUUUUUAAUUACAUUACAUAUUACAUUUAAACACUUAAAUUCAAAUAUUUUGAAAUUAUUAUAGAACAAUAUUGUCUAUAACUAAUUAUUUAAACUUAAAUUUAUUCAGAAAAUGUUAUUUUAAAAAUUGAAUAUCCUCGAAUUCGAAAGUCAUUCACAUUUUGAUGUCAUAUGCAGAUUAGAAAACUCAUUCAAAGCGCACACUUUACAAAAUAAUAUUAUGUAUUACAUAUAAUAUUGAUUAACGGACUCUUGAAAAAUACAUAUUAUUAUCUGUUUAUUAUUAUUAUUAUUAUUUUUUUUUUCAUUGCAAAUAAUCCAUUAAUAAUUAAAAAUUGAUAAACAGUGUAUCGAUGAUACAAACACACUAUAAUUAAUAAUUUUCAUCUCACUAAAAAUAACAAACUAUCACAACUUUUUCAUCAGUAAAAAAAUAGUGUCCCCGAUUUUCACAAAGAUAUUGUUUUUUUUUUUUUUUGUUUUCUUCAAAGAAAAUCGAGAGUCGAUCUUGAGUAUUCAACGUCAAAAAUAUAAAAAAUACACAACUCAAUAAUAUUUGACGUUAAAAAAAAAAAUAAAAAGAAAAAUUUUUCAAAGCUGAUUCAGAUACGAAUAUUUUUUCUUUCAAGUUUCAUUUAAAUGAAAAAGAGAUAUUUUCGAUUUUAGAAAAUAAAUUUUUUUUUUCUUUAGUUCUUAUAAUAACGUUAAUUUGAAAAAAGAAAUUUUCGAUUUUCUUGUCAAAAAGUAAAAUUAAUUAAAAGAAUAAAGAAAUAAAAGAAAAAGUUAUCUUCAUAAUUAAGAGCUUGAAAAAUUGAAAUUAAUUUCUUUAUUAAUUUAUUUUUUUGGUAUUUCUUUUUUUUUAUUAUAUUCUUAUUUAUUAUAUAAAUAAUUUUAUUUAUUGAUUAUUACUGUUAAAAUUGAAAUAUCAAUUGUCAUUUAAACGAAACUUGUCACAGGAAAUGUUUUUUUUCACAAAUAUAUAUAUAUAUAUAUUCACAUUGAAUUCAGUGCAAUAAAUUUCGUCGAUGGCAAAUCUGAUCAUUAUAAUCAUCACAGAUAAAUCAUUAACGAAUAUAGCACACUCAGCUCCAAAAAAAAAGCAUUUUCUUCGCGCCUCAUUUUUUUCAGUUUAUUAUUAUUAUUUUUUUUUUUAUUAUUUUGCACUCGUAUAAGCUACAUAUUUAUUACUUUUUUUAUAUAUAUUUAUAUAUAUAUAUAUAUAUAUAUAAAGAAGGAUAAAACAUUACUUUGUGCUUCGAUGUUUUACCGUUCAGUGUGUUUAUUUUCUUUGAUCACUCAUUAAUUAAAUAUUGAAUGGAAGAGAAAAUCCCCGUUUAAAACAUUUAGUUCAGUACUGGUUUCGAAUAAAAAUGGCACUCUACUAAUAAAAAAAAAUUUUCUUAAUUACUUUUUUUUUUUCUUUACUUAAAUUAACAAUCUUUAGUUAAGAGACCAAAAUUUUUAAUUUUCUCUUUCUUUUAUCACAGAAUAGAUAAUUUUUUUUUUUGUUAGAUAAAAUUUUACAUAUAAAUUUUUUUUUUUUUUUUAAAGCAAAAACAAGUGAAAAUUUUUCUCGAGAUCAUUUUAAUUAAAUUUUACAUAUAUAAAUAUAUAUAUAUAUAUAUAAUUUUUAUAAAAAGACAAAAUUUAAAACUUAAUUGUAAAAUAAAAAUUCAAAUAAAUAAAAUGAUAUUUUAAGUGUUACUAUCACUGUACAAAUGUUUAGAACAUUUGUAAAUAAUUUUUUUUUUUUUUAAUACAAACUAUUUUCUAAAAUGUUUGAGAUCUAACUUAAAAAUAAAUAUAUAUUUGCAGAGCUUUUUGAAAAGAAAAUUGUGUUCUAGAUUUUUGAAACCAGAACUGUAGCUAUCACAUUUUUUGUUUUGAAUGGGGAUGAGACUAGCGAUUUCCUUCUUUUACAAUUUUUUUUUUCACCCACUCUUUUUUUUGGGGGUGGGGGAUUUGAAACUGAACGAAAGGCAAAAUACGACGCAAUGGACGAUAUUUACCGAUUUUUCUGAGUGUCAUGUAGUAUCAAAUAUGAUUUUAUAUUUUUUUAUUUCUUGUCGCAUGUGUUUGAUGAGGUAUUACUGCUAAUCAGUAUUUUACUUCUGUUUUUUUUCCCUAAUUUUCUAUCGCACUAACUUACGUGUUUUUUUUUACUUUUUUUUUUUUUUAAUAUAUUUGUUUAUUUAUUUUUCGAUUAGAAAAUAGCUGUUGCGCCUUGGUAUUACUUUAGUGCCUUAAAUUCUAUUUUACAUCGGGCGUUUUACAUUAUUAUUAUUAUUAUUAUUAUUAUUAUUAUUUUAUUAUUAUUAUUAUAAUAUUACAUAUCUCGAUCAAUGGCUAAGUGUAUUUUUAAUCCUACGUAGACCCUUUACUCAAUUAGUUUUUUUUUCCAUUAUGAAUUAUUAUUUAGAUUAUUUACAAGCUUGGCUUAUUUCAAGGCUGAAAAGUUUUUAUUUUUUUUCUCUCGUUUCGAUCGUCACUUUUCUUGCGCGUCUCUUAUUAUAUACGAUGACAAUUAUUUAUUAUAAAUAAUAAUUCAUUUUUCAUAUGAAAAAAAAAAUUUUUUUUUCAUUUAAUUAUAAAUUCCGAAAAAUUAAACGAUUGAUUGAGAGAAUAAAAGUCAUUAAAUGACAAUUUUCAACACACACAAAUCAACCAUGAAAAUAAAUUAUUAUAUUUAUAAUAGUAAAUAACUACUCAACGAAAAGCUUUUUUACGGCAAAAAAAAAAAAAAAACAUAUACACAGCACGUGACACUUAUUGUGCACGAAAAAUCUAAUCUCAACCAGCCGGAGGAUUUUUUAGAAAAAUCCAAAGGCAGUUUUUUUUUUACUUUUUUUUUUUUGUCCAGUACGCUCUAUAAAAUUUUUUUUUUUUUGGCUUUCUCUCUCUCUCUCUCUCUCUCUCUCUUUUUUUUCUCUCUAUGAAAAAAUAUUAUUUUGAUCUACGUGCCAAAAAAAAAAAAAAAAGAAAGUUCCCUUGAGAGUGAUUGUUUAUUAUAUAGAAGAAAGAAAACAAAGCGUUUGAAAAUACUGGAAUAAGGAGCAAAGAUCGGAAGUUUAAAGAUCAUUUCAAAUAAUAAUAAUAAAAAAAAAAAAAAAAAAAAAAAAAA